AUGGACAUCGCAGCGGCAUUUGAGGAAAAGAUGAAGCCUCCGGAUCGGAUCCGCAAAUGGCCAACUGGUACGUUUUACGCUCUGUGGUGGCUGGGCACGGCAAAGACGCUGCGCACGGCGCUCCUGAAGAAACACCUCACCACAACUGCAUGUCCUCCGAAUCCACAUCUGCAAGCCUUCUACACGAUGAUGACACGAGAGGCCAACCUGGAUACCCCGGACAACGAGACCGAAGAAUGGACGGAGGCCAUGCGAACCAAAUGGGAUCACAUCAAACCGUGGUUCGACAACGACGCAAUGCCGACAUCGAGGGCGGGAAAAGCGACUGAAGCGGCCGAUGAAAUGGGCAAAUUGACGGGCACUUACGAGCUCGACCCAAAAGCGACAACCGCGAAGCGGGCAACUGCUAAGAAAGAUGAAGCUGCGGCUGGAAAGAAACGAGGACGAGGUGUGAAAAUGGAAGAUGAUGUGGAUGAUGAGGACGAAUUCAAGGAGACUGAUAAAGAAUUGCCGAGUCGAUCUGUUUUGAUGAAGAUGACUGUCGCCAAUUUGAAGGAAAAAGCCGCGCAGAUGAACGUCAAUAUCGGCAAAGCCAAGAAAAAGGACGAAAUCAUUGACGCGAUUCUCGACCACCCUGCCUCCAAA